GCUGGUGGUCCAGUGAAGAAAGGGAAACCGGCUUCAGCAGGUGGAGUAGGAAAUACUGGAACAAAAGCCAAAAAGGGAACUGAAGUAAAAGAAAUAUUUGAGCCAGAACUCUCAAUAGAGAUGUGUGAGGAGAAGGCUUCGGCUGUCCUCCCAGAAGUUUGCAUACAGCAGUUAGAUAGUGGCAAUUGGAAGGAAAGGCUGGCUUGCAUGGAAGAAUUUCAAAAGGCUGUUGAGCUGAUGGAUAAAACUGAAAUGCCUUGCCAGGCUCUAGUAAGAAUGUUGGCAAAGAAACCUGGAUGGAAAGAGACCAACUUUCAGGUGAUGCAAAUAAAACUUCAUAUAGUUGCCUUGGUUGCGCAAAAGGGAACCUUUUCCAAAACAUCUGCACAAAUUGUCCUGGAUGGCCUUGUGGAUAAGAUUGGUGAUGUGAAAUGUGGUAGCAAUGCCAAAGAAGCACUAACAGCAAUAGCAGAAGCCUGUCAGCUGCCUUGGACUGCUGAGCAGGUUAUGUCCAUGGCGUUCUCCCAGAAGAAUCCAAAGAACCAAUCAGAAACUUUAAACUGGCUCUCAAAUGCAAUUAAAGAGUUUGGGUUUACUGGAUUGAACGUGAAAGCAUUUAUCAGCAAUGUUAGAACAGCUCUUGCCGCUACAAAUCCCGCUGUGAGGACAUCCGCCAUAACCUUACUAGGAGUCAUGUUUCUGUAUGUUGGUCCCCCUUUACGAAUGUUCUUUGAGGAUGAGAAGCCUGCUCUUCUUUCCCAAAUAGAUGCAGAGUUUGAAAAAAUGCAAGGACAAACACCAACCGCUGCAACUCGAGGCAAUACAAGGCACACUAUUGGCAAUGAUGAUGGUGAGGAAGGAGAAGAACAGGAGGAUUCAGGGAAUGAUGUUGUGGACCUCUUGCCUAGAGCUGACAUCAG